CGUCAAAAGACUGUCCCUUCCCACUACCUCCCCAGACGUCUAGCACCGAGUCAAGCGAGAAGUUUGAGGUAGUCACAAUGGCACCUGUAGCAACCGAGCCAACGAUCGAUGCAGUCGUCCCUUCCAAGGCUGGACCGACGACCCGACUUCCAGUGACACUUCUCAGUGGCUUUCUCGGCGCGGGCAAAACGACACUGCUGGAACGAAUUUUGACCAGUCCCGAUCACGGUCUCCGUAUCGGUGUCAUUGUCAACGAUGUCGGUGCGCUCAACAUUGACGCAGCGCUGCUGGCUAACCACGAAGUAACAAAGAAGGAAGAGCAAGUCGUGGCAAUGCAGAAUGGCUGCAUUUGCUGCACAUUGCGAGGCGACUUGCUCGAAGAGGUCGCCCGUUUGGCACAGCAAGGCUCCGUAGACUACCUCGUCAUUGAAAGCUCCGGCGUCAGUGAGCCCAUGCAGGUUGCAGAGACCUUUUCCGAAGAGUUUGCCGAGAUGCACAUCGCUGCGGCGGAAGACGUGAAAGCCAGCACAGAAGGUGACCUGGAACAAAACGCCCGACUGGCCGACAUUCUCGCCGCCGGUGGGCUUUCCCAGGUGGCUCGGCUCGACACCUGCGUGACCCUUGUCGACGCCGUCAACUUCAUGUCUGACUUUGCCACUGCUGACUUUCUCGUGGAUCGCCACGAUAAAAAAGACGUGCCUGAGGAGGAUGACCGCAACAUCUCUGACCUCCAGACGGAUCAGGUGGAGUUCGCGGAUGUCGUCGUCAUUAACAAGUGCGACCUUGUCAGGCCAGACGAGGUCGCCAAGGUGACGACAAUGGUCAAGACUCUCAACCCCGGUGCAAAGAUCAUCACGUCGAUCAAAUCCAACGUCGAUGUCAAGCAGAUCCUCGAUACCAAGAUGUUCUCGUACGAGAAAGCCGCCCUCGGGGCGGGCUGGCUCAAGAGCUUGCAGGAAGAGAUAAAUCCAGAAACAGAAGAAUAUGGAAUCGGCACAUUUGUCUACCGCGCCAGGCGGCCGUUCCACCCUGCUCGCCUGUGGGAGACGAUCAAGUCUGUUUUUGUCGUCAUUCAGGAAGAGUACAUCGAUGAUGGCGUCAACGAGGAAGAAGGAGACGAUGACGAUGAAACGAUGGAAGAGGAAGAGGAGCAAGAGGACAACGAGAUGGACAUCGACGAGAGGCAGCCUCAGCUCAACCCUCGAGCUCGUCUGGCAUCGAAGCAGGCCGACGCUACAUUUGGACCGCUGCUGCGCUCCAAAGGUUUCAUGUGGCUCGCCACCAGGCCAAAGAUGUUCGGAGAAUGGUCCCAGGCCGGCGUAAUGCUGACCAUCUCGGGCGGCGACCGCUGGCGCUGUGAGGUACCCAAGGACGAGUGGCCCGAAGACCCACAGAUUCGCGCCUCGAUUCUGCGCGACUUUGACGGAAAGUGGAAGGACAGACGCCAGGAAAUUGUCUUCAUCGGUCAGCAGAUGAAGACCGGCGGCGGCGAGAUGAGGAUCCGUGAUGCGAUGGACAGAUGCCUCCUCACGAACCACGAGAUGGAGCUUUGGGAAAAGGCAAUGAAUCUCAGGGGUGGUGAGGAGCGGAUCCAAGCCAAGCUCGACGAACUGUUCGAGGACGGCUUUGAGGACUGGCCAGACAUGAGCCACGAGGGGCACGACCACGACCAUGCUCACUGA